GGUUUAACACCCCACCCAUUAGGCCCCCCGCCCCACCUUGGGGGGCGAAAUUACCAGAAAACCAGUUGAUUAAAAACGGUAAAUGAUUACCCGACUCUAUAACGGGUAAUCAUUUACCGAUCGUGUUUAAAACAUAUAAACACGACAGUUUGGGUUUUGAAACCCAUUAUUUCAAAACCCAAAUUUCCCUCCCUCAAUCGCAUCCUCUCUCAAAGCUCGGUUCCACCACUUCAAUCAUCUCAAAGGUCGGUUCUAAUCAUCAUCAAAGCUCCCACAAAGACCCAUUCCAUUACAUUCAAAAGAUAGCGAGAAUGAAGGGCGGGAGGAAGAGGUCACGACAUGCUUCUACUAGUGAGGAUCCAGCGGAUCGACACGAGCGCUUGCAUGCUUCUACCAGGCGCGGCGACCAUAUUGCAGCCACUCAGGCGGUAGAGGCUUCAGCUCCGUCUCCAUCCCCAUCUGCUACUCCGGUCGAGGCUCCGUUAGCUACCCCGGCUCCAUCUGCUACUCCGGUCGGGGCUCCGUCAGCUACCCCCGCUCCGUCUGCUACUAGGGCUCCGGCUGAGCUGGACCCUGCUCCGUUGUCUCCGAUGGCUGAGUUACCUCGUCAGGAGACAUCUUCUUCUGAGCCUAGUGGCGAGGAGUCUUCUUCUUCUUCUGAGCUUAGUGGUGAGGAGGAGGAGCCUCUUAUUCUGCAGGAGGAGAUUGAUGCUGCUGAUGUUAUGCCAGAUGUGGUGCCAGAGGGCGGUGCAGAGGGCGGUGCGGAUGACGACCUCAUCCAGAGGGUGGCACCGUUUCCCGGGGGGCCUGAGGAUCUGUCGCUUCUUGCGCAUUAUCCUGACCACAAGGCUCCUUGGACGUGGCAGGCACUUCUUCGCACAGACCCGCGGUACGUGGACCGUCGGACAUUGAGGGUGGCCACUGUUGGGGGGAAGGUAUGGAACCUCCCCUGUGAUGGCGAUUCAGAGGCCCACACACAUGUGCGACAGCUGCUGCAGCAGAUGGGUUUGUAUCACCUGCCUUGGUGCGGGUUACCGGAGACAGACCCAGCUGUCGUACUGGCCCUUGUUGAGAGAUGGCAUGAGGAGACGAGGUCGAGGUUCUACACUCCGGGCAGAGGGGAGCGAGACGAGGUUGCAGCGCUCUGCGCCCAGCUCCUGGGAGGAUCUGUUGCUGCUUAUCUGGCUGAGUUUGAGGCGGCAGGUGGCCAGAACAUUCGGUUCAUUACUCUGAAGACCAUGUACACGUCUGCUAUGGAUGGGGGACGCUAUGAGGAUGCUGCUAGGAUCUGGCUGGUGAACCAGCUUGGUGCCACCCUCUUUGCCAGCAAGAGUGGUGGUUACCACACUACUGUCUACUGGAUCGGGAUGCUUGAGGACCUCGGUCGCGUGUCGGAGUACGCGUGGGGUGCGAUUGCGCUGGCUUCGUUGUACGAACAGCUGAGUCGUGCAUCCCGCAGGAAGACAGCGCAGAUCGGUGGGUUCACCUCCCUCGUGCUGUCAUGGGCGUAUGAGUACAUAUCCAGCAGCGUCAUUAUCAGGACGGAGGUCCCCGGCUACACACAGGACCAGCCUAGGGCGCAGCGGUGGUCCACGUCUCGGAUCGCGCAUUCCGGACUCGAUGAGAGACGAGUCAUGCUCGAUGAGCUUACAGUGGAUGAUAUCACAUGGACCUCUUUUGAGGACCAUCGAGAUGUUCGACCGCGGGAUCCCAGGGCCCUCUAUUCCGGCUACAUCCGGACACCUUACGGCCGGUCUGUGAGCCGACAUCUACCAGAGCGGGUUAUGCGCCAGUUUGGCUUCAUACAGGACAUCCCUCGACACCCCUCUGAGAUCCAGACGACGGGGUCCCUUGCUGAGACCACAGAUGCUGCCUAUGCUGAGUUUGAGCCGCACCUCCGCCCUCAGGGGAUACCUGCUACAUAUCCGGGAGAGGCGGUGGAGGGUUACAUGAGGUGGUAUAGCAGAGUGUCACAUGUGUUCAUCAUCCCUGAGGAUAGGAGGGAGGAGCUUAGUGCCGUGUCUGCCAUACGUAGGGGUGUGGAGUUUUUGGAGCAGUCCCUGGAGGUGCCAGGUGCUCUUGCUCUAGGGACACAGCCCCGGAUCCUCACGGAGAGGGCGCUCGAUCUCUUUUGA